UUCGCUUUAUCCUCUUCUUAUUCUUCUUCCUCCUCCUCUUCUUGAUCAGCUAAGCUUGGCCCAUGAUCCAUUGACUCCAUUGCCUGCUGUUCCCCUCAUAAAGUUCUUCUUCUUCUUCUUGUCUGCGAGCAUAUAUGUCAAGUUAGCUAGCUAGGGUUCUUAGCCAUUCAUCACCAUCAUGCAGAAAUUACAUGGAUCCGAAAGCUGAGUUUUUCUUUACCAAUACCUAAGUACCAUUUCGAAAUUUUUUUUAUAUUUUUCUCUGAUGGGAUAUGGUUAUUUGUGUGGAUCUCGGAUUUUAUAUGUGCCAAUCCAUGGUUGAGAAAGAAGGGAAGGAUGACAAGGAAGAGAACAGAGAUAAAGAAGAUAGACAACCUGAGCGCGAGGCAAGUGACCUUCACUAAGAGGAGAAGAGGGCUCAUCAAGAAAGCUCAUCAACUCUCUACCCUCUGCGAUGCCGAGAUCGCCCUCAUCAUCUUCUCUUCCACCGGCAAGCUCUUCGAGUUCUCCAGCUCUAGUACUGAACAGGUAAUCGAGAGGCAUAUCAAUCUGCACUCAGAGAAAAGCCUCAACCCCUCUGCUCAGCAACAGGUAGAUGAUAUCCCAUGUGCCUUAAGGAAGGAUCUCUCCGAUAGGGCUCGCGAGCUAAGGCACUUGAGGGGGGAAGAUCUACAUGAAUUGAAUCUUGAUCAACUUAAUCAACUUGAGAAGUCACUCAAAGCCAGUCUGCUCCGUGUUUCAGAAACAAAGGCCGGAAGGAUCAUGAACGAGAUCAGUGCCCUAAAAAAAAAAGGGAGCACAACUUCUAGAAGAGAACAAGCACAUGAAAAUGAAGAAAGGGUUAUAUAUAUUUUGCAGAUGGUGAAAAUGCAAGAAGCAAAGAGAGUUCCUCGAAUUAACCACUUGUCAGGAGAUUAUGAUCUCUCGUCAGCUUAUUCUAAUAACAACUUCGAUACGUCUCUCAAGCUGGGGUUGCCUUUCCCACAGUAGAUUGUCAGAUCAAUGACCUAUUCCAUUUGCAAUUUAAAAGUGUCCUUCAGCAAUGCGUCAAUAGAAGGAUUACUAUCCGGUCAUUAUCUUAUCGACGUGUAUUCAUAAGUCCCAUAAAUAUAUCAAUAAUUUCCUAGAGUCGUACUGUUAAGUUGUGAUUUAACGAAAUUUUGGCCCAAUUUCAAGCACAUCUUUGUGGUUGUCGCGGUUCAAACAGGUCUCAGAUGUUAUUUAUCAUUAUCGGUCGUUAUUAUGAUGCCAA